AUGAUGGAGUCUCCAGGAUACCCACCUGGUUCGCCUCUUGAUGUUAUUGAUGAUUCUGCGUUCCCAUGCAAGGGCUGUGGUGAGAUCCUCGAGGAGGGAAAGGCUUUCGAACUUGCGGGGAACAGAUGGCAUAUCGACUGCUUCCGGUGCAAUACCUGUGGCACACUACUGGACUCUGAUGCCAACCUUCUUCUGCUCGGUGAUGGUUCUCUCAUCUGCAACAAUUGUACAUACAGCUGCAAUGCCUGCGGCAAUAAGAUCGAAGAUUUGGCUAUCCUCACCGGUGACCAGGCUUUUUGCGCGGGAUGCUUUAGAUGUAGGAACUGCAAACGCAAGAUAGAAAAUUUGCGAUAUGCCAGAACCUCUCAAGGCAUCUUUUGCAUGAGCUGUCACGAAGGCCUGAUGGCUAGGCGGCGGAAAAAGUCUCGGAAUCAACCAAAAGUCAGCAGUAACCAGUCAUUGGCUCUGGAUAAGGCUUUGCCAAUGCCUCCGCCAGUUGACACAGAUUCCGACUCUCCGACACAUAAACCGGCACAACCGCAAGCACAGCAGAGGUUAGGCCCACCGCCACGGCCUCCUAGGCCUGAGGUUUCUCGAGCUGGAUCUUCAGGAACCACGAGCCGGAAUCGUGGCGAUGCAUCACCAAAUUCCGCCCAUUCGCCAAUGGCAACCACCCCACGACAUUCUCCAUAUCCCGUCCACUCACCGCCAGCCACUCAGAAUGAAUUCCAGUUUUCAAAAUCUACGACCUCAAGUAAUUCUAAUAGUAAUACCAACAAGGCUAAAUCACGCCAGUCUAUGUAUUCCCUUGUCUCAGACGACAAUUCGGAGCUUCUUUCAAACAGCGAUCAUCGUGCAUCCUACUUCCCACUCUUGUUAGAUGAGGGUCUGCCCCCGCCGAUCCCUUCAAACGUUGCUAGAAGCGACACCUACGCGCCACGCACGAUUCCUCCCACGCAAUCAGUGGAAAUUCCACCCCCUCAACAUUCUCAAUCAUCUCCGGAUGAUACUAUCCAGGAAAAAAGCGCAAAACGAGCUGCCGACAAUGAAGCAAAUAGAGUACGCGAAGAGCAGCAACGCAAAGAACGGGAGAGAUGGGAACUCGAGAAAGCGGAAGCCAGAAAGCGGGAAGCUGAAGCUGAACGACAGCGUGAGCUUGAAAUCGAGAAGGAAAAAGGACGGUUGGAGAGUCUGGAGCGUGAGCGACAGAAGCAGCGCGACCAGGGUCGGCAAACAAGGGAAAGAGAGGACUCGAGAGCUGCAGAUACAGAACGACCAAAUGAGGCCCGUAAGGAGGGAGUUAUUUCGGACCAGAUCAUACUAUCCCCGCAGAACUUUACCACCGAUGUGGUUUCUUCUUCGAUCCCACCAGCUCCAUCCAGGUCGGCUCCAAAAGCUGACAACAUCAUUCCAUCUCACGCUCGAAAACCCACAAAUCCUUCGGAAAGCUUCAAACUACAAGAGGUCCCAAGAACCAAGAGAGCUACUCCUAAGGUACCAACUGACGACGAAGAAGACUCUCCUACUGGGGAAAUCGAAAUUCCAAUUUCAUUUACUCCAGAACCUCGCAAGGACUCUCUGGGCGCUCCAGUUCCCGCACCUUCGACGAUUAAGACCUCAAGCUCCCACCAAGAGUUCGUUCCGUCCCACCAAUCCUCAGUAUCUCGAAAAACCAACUCAGAAACCGAGAUCGAGGCAACCAACAGUGAGCUUAGCAACUACGCCUCGUCUGUUACUAGUAUUAACCAGACAUCUCCAGGUGGUCACAAAAAAGCGCAACCUUCAUCCUCGUCGUCGAUUGCACCAGUUCGCCCCAUGCCAGCUCGCCCGGCAACAAGCCAUGGAGCUGGUGGUUCGAGUUCCUUUGAUUUGUUGAAUGGAUCAUCUCCAGUUCUUCCUCCAUUUAAGAGCGAACUCAAUUUCGAGGAAGAAAUAGGCAAAAUUUUUAGCCCCGCGACUGAUUUGGGGUCACCAGCUAUGCGAAGGACCUCCAGGUCCGUUGGACAUGGACGUAGUCGUAGUGAUAUGGCUGGGCGGAGCAGCAUGCUUUCACCUGAUCUUCCUGACAUCCUCAUUGACUCAAAUGCUAAGGAAGAGAAUCUGGUUUUGAAGAACGCCCUACGACGGUCGACCCAACAACUAGUGGAGCUUGAGUCUAAGCUGAACACAUCCGUCGAAAUCAAAGAGAGUCUCGAGAACGACAUCAAAGAGAAGCGAACAACCGUUGCUUCUCUGGAGGCUGACAAAGAAAUGGCUAUGAUUGAGCUCUCGGUGCUGCGAGAAAGGUUGGCUGACGCUGAUGUAAAAUCGAUCAACUUUGACGAAUUUGUUGCAACCACACUGCAGGAAAUCGCUGGCCGCAUAAACGCUCUGAAGGAAUCCCAUAAGGAGGAACUGGAAGGCUUAAUAGGCAAGAAGAAUGAUGCGAUGGAAGAGACAGCCACCGCCAUCCGCCUUCGCGAUCAAGCUAUCCAGGAAACCGAACAGCUCAACCUCAAGAACGCACAGCUAGCCGACUUGAAUAACGAACUAACCAGACGUAUUCAAGGAAAUUUCAUGAAGAACAAAGCUGCUUUCCCGAACGUAACUGCCCCGAUUGCUCUUCCUAAUGGAACUGGCGUCUAUGGUGCAGGCUCGGACAACCAAUCCGUGCUCUCACACACUGGAUCGACUGCUACGAUUACUACUAGUAUUAUUAGUGAAAGCACGACGCUCCAUGAGGAAGGCGCGGCUGUUGUUGCAGCUCCCCACGUUGUCAACAUUAGGAAACCUGGUGCCCCCGCUAAGAAGUUCAACUGGAAGAAAGGUGGCGCGGCUGUUGGCAAAGGGAUUGGAAAGACUUUCGGCAGGGUGUUUGCAUCAGAUCAGAACGACCAUCACGAUGCACCAAUGACUCUACAAUCACAACCAUUCAGCAGUACUGCUUAUGGACCACCUGUUCAUACGGUUGACUCCCCUGGGCUUAAGUUGAACGGGGUAGAUCACAACCAACAGUAUGGAACACAGCGUGGCGGCCUUCUCAAGAAACUCAAGGGUGGCAACCAAUCGAGCCACGAAAAGGAGAUUGCAGUACCAUUGUUGGGUUCAGAGUUGGAAGCCCGUGUUGCCUAUGAAGGCAGACGGAUCCCACAAAUCAUCACUAAAUGCCUUGCUGAAGUUGAGAAUCGAGGUCUCGAUUACGAGGGUAUUUACCGAAAGGGUGGUGGCGCUUCACAAGUUCGUAUGAUUCAGGAGUCAUUUGAACGUGGUGAGGAGAUGGAUUUGGAGAACCCGGAUGUGGAUAUCACAGCUGUGACCAGCGUCUUGAAACAAUACUUCCGUAAAUUGCCGACCCCAUUGAUCACAUAUACCAUCUACGAUCGUAUGGUGGACUCAGUUAAAAUUGCGGAUGUUGAGCAGCGCAAGGAAGCUGUCAAAGAUCUUAUCAACGAGUUGCCGUCGCUUAAUCGAGACAUCCUUUUCUUCAUCAUUAACCAUCUUACUAAGGUGGCUGGAUUCCAACAAGAAAACUUGAUGAACGCACGAAAUCUCGCUGUGGUCUUCGCACCUUCGCUGAUGCGCGAUCAGACUGGAGAAUUAGAGCUGCGUGACACACACGCCAAGAAUGAAGCCAUACAAUUUAUAAUCGAGAAUGCGAAGCCGAUCUUCGCAGGCGUCAAUCUUGUCUCAUAA